GCGUCCGUGGAGGGUGGCGUUGUCGCCGCAACCCGCCUUCGGGCCUUGCUUCCUGGAGCCGGGGGCCUGCAGUGUGGGGGGAGGGCUCCAGGACCGCGCGGGGCUGCUAGGCCGCUCUGCCGGCUAGGCCGCUCUGCCUGCCAGGCGCUGCCGCGGAGCCUGGCCUGACGCUAGGCUUCUCGCCGUGCUGUCAGAAAGCCCUGAGUAUUCCGGGAUGUCUUACUGUCAUCGGUCUGAAAGGGAUUUGUCGUUUUCUACACGUAGGGUAGAAGCCGUUUAUUUUAGUCAGGGUGUGAAAAGGCUUAGAACCAUAAAGGGACAUAAAGUCAUUUUAACUUUUCCUUCAAGUCUGUUGUUUUUAGGAAAUAAAGUCGUCUUCUCCUUAUAGGUUGUUCCUGUCUUGGUAUGAAAGUGGUUGGUUGUGGAGGGGUUUUUGUUGCAACCAGACUAAUAUUCUGAAACAUCGUUUGGAUGAAACUGCUGCUGGCUUCAUUAUGGAACUGGGCUUAAAUAUCCAUGUGAUAAAACCUGCAUGGAGGAUUUGGUCAAUAGCCUGUGACAGCAGUUGUUCAAACUUGGAUCUCUUUGGACACAGCUUGAUUGGCUGGAACUGCUCUUGACUAGAAACUAUGAAGAAACAAUUUGCAUAAAAUUUUUAUGUGACUGAGGCCAUGGCAUCUUCAACAAACAUAGAUGUUGGGGCCCAGUUAAUUGUGGAAGAAUGUACCACUAGCUACAGCCUUCCGCCCAUGCCGGAUAUUAAAGUGGAGCAUCAGCUUGACUCUAGUACAGAGGAAGGCCCGGCUCAGAGUGUCACCAUGGGAAUGAAAUUCAUUUUGCCCAAUAGAUUUGAUAUGAAUGUCUGCUCACGAUUUGUGAAAUCUUUGAAUGAGGAGGACAGUAAAAAUAUUCAAGACCAAGUUAACUCUGACCUUGAAGUGGCAUCUGUCUUAUUUAAAGCUGAAUGCAACAUCCACACUUCUCCUUCCCCUGGUAUCCAAGUAAGACAUGUUUAUACUCCAUCAACUACUAAGCAUUUCUCACCAAUAAAACAAUCAACUACGCUAACUAACAAACACAGGGGAAACGAAGUCUCUACAACACCUCUGCUUGUAAACUCUUUAUCAGUUCAUCAGCUGGCUGCUCAGGGAGAAAUGUUGUAUCUGGCCACACGUAUUGAACAAGAAAAUGUAAUCAAUCAUAAGGAUGAAGAAGGAUUUACCCCUCUGAUGUGGGCUGCAGCUCAUGGGCAGAUAGCAGUAGUGGAAUUUCUCCUCCAGAACGGUGCAGAUCCUCAGAUUUUGGGGAAAGGGCGAGAAAGUGCCCUUUCACUGGCUUGCAGUAAAGGAUACACAGAUAUUGUAAAAAUGCUGCUUGACUGUGGAGUUGAUGUCAAUGAGUAUGACUGGAAUGGAGGCACACCUCUACUGUAUGCAGUACAUGGGAACCAUGUGAAGUGUGUAAAAAUUCUCCUUGAAAGUGGUGCUGAUCCAACUAUCGAAACAGAUGCUGGCUAUAAUUCCAUGGAUUUGGCUGUAGCCUUGGGCUAUCGAAGUGUUCAACAGGUUAUUGAGUCUCAUUUAUUAAGGCUACUUCAAAAUAUCAAGGAAUAAUGGCUCUUCUGCAGGUAUCAGUUCUUGGCUUGGAGAUUUGAACUGCUUUUUAGCCCUGUAAUCGGUGACAAGGGUUGGUUGUUUUGUAACUUUACCUCAGUUUAACUAUUUGCUGGUUUUAGUUAAGCUUUUUAAUAUUCUUCCUCUUCUUUCAUUGUUGUUCAUAGAAAUAUGCAAUGUCAUCCUUAAAUAUAUUUUAUAUAAUUUCUAGAAGAAAAAUUCAGUUGUCGUGCAUGAAGAACUUUGUAAAUAAAACCAGUUUAAACCAUCUAAAUGGUUACACUGAGUGCAGUGGGUGGCACUGUGCCAAGUGUCCUACUUCAUCACAUCAUUGGUACGUAUUCACAGGAAGAAAUUUGUUUAGGUAUUGAGGUAUAUCACCAUAGAGGAUAGAUGUCUUUACUGUUGUUAAUACCAAAAUGUGCACCAUGUGUGAUUGUUUGCAAGAUCCCCAGUUAAUAUUAUUGUGUCAGCUUUUGGCUUUGAUUUUUAAGAAGUGGUAAUAAAUCAAAGAACUUUGAUGUUAGUUUAAUUCCUACCUGAUUUCCUUCCACCUACCUCUGCCUUCCUGUUGUAGUCCUGAAACAACUAGGUCAGAAUGUCCUAUGUAGAAAUUUCUCUGGUAUAAGGAAGCCUAAUUGCAAAUGCAGAAGUCCUAGCUCCUGACCACCCUCCCCGCAGUGACUGAAAGCAGACAUCAGCCAUAUGGGAAGAGAAGCCAGAGCCCACUGCAUUCCAGUCUUCUUCAGCCAAAGCAUCAUCCUUUGGAUUAUAGAAUAUCUCAAGUUGGAAGGGUCCCAUAGGGAUCAUCAAGUCCAACUCCCUGCUCUUCACAGGACUACCUAAAACUAAACCAUAUGACUAAGAGCCUCAUCCAGAUGCUCCUUGAACUCUGACAGGCUUGGUGCUGUGACCACUUCUUGGGGACCCUGUUCCAGUGACUGACCACCCUCUUAGUGAAGAACUUUUUCCUAAUGUUUGAUCUGAACUUCCCCUGACGCAGCUUCAUUCCAUCUCCUUGUGUCCUGUCACUGGUCAUCAGAGAGAGAUCAGCACCUCCCCUGUACUCCCCCCCCUUGAGGAAGUUGUAGGCUGCAAUGAGGUCACACCUCAGCCUGCUCCAAGUUGAACAAAUCAAGUGAUCUCAGGCAUUCCUCUUAAGUCUCACCCUCAAGACCUUUCCCAUCUUGGUCACUCUCUUCUGGACACACUCUACUAGUCUGAUGUCCUUCUUACAUUGAGGCGCCCACAACUGCACACAGCACUGGAGGUGAGGCCGCACCAGUGCAGUGCAGGGUGGGACAAUCACCUCCCUUGACCAGCCAGCGAUACUGUGCUUGAUGCGCCCGGGGCACGGUUGGCCCUUUGGGCUGCCAGGGCACAGUGUUGACUCAUAUUCAACUUGCCAUCAACCCAAACCCCCAGACCUCUUCCUGUGGGGCUGCUCUCCAGCCUCUCGUCCCACUGUCUGGGGUGAUGUCCCAGUGUAGCUGUUUAGUUAGAACAGUAAUUAUGAUUUUGAAAUUAGUUGAAAAAUCAGGCGUUAACUGAUUUUUCUGGAACCCCUGCACUUAAUCAAAACUAGUCACUGAGUGAUGGGAGAUGUGAUAGUUUUGCACAAAUAAUAGAUAAGCUUCUCAAAGAGACUUCAGAAGCUCUUUCCCUGUCAGUGCAUUAGGGAUCAUGUUUUCCCACAAGCAUUUCUCCAUUGUGUCCGCUAGAGGUCUGGCAUCUAUUCCCAUACCUAAUCCCUGCCUUUCUUCCUAGUCCAUGAGUAGUGAACUCAAUCUCCAAUUUACUCUCCACGUAGAGUUCACAAGACAUGAGCAGACCCAGGUACGUUUCUGUAUUCCUAGUACAGUGUCUCUACCAUGUUUAAUUUUUCUGUUUGAAAACCAUUCCAUACACAAAUUAAUACUGUUUAAAGUACAUGCACUGUGAUCCUGACCAAAGGUACUUGAAGGCUGGGGAAUAAUCCAACUGAGUUCUUUGAGUCAGAGCCAGAGAAAUAAUGAAUUCAAAAUGCAAACUUUGUUAUUUCAAAGUGACUGAAUACACAAUGAGGGGAAAUGUAGGGGAAAAAAAUCCAAACCUACAUGGAUUAAACCUGAAUUUCUAGCCAAAUUUUUCUCUGACUCUGUACUGAAACAUCUGUGGUGUACAGAAGGUGUAAAUCAGGCCAGAAUUAACCUGAAAGAUUGUGUGAGAGCUGGUCCAGAAAUCUGUUUCUUUAAUGAAGCUGAAAUCUGAAAUGGAACAAACCUUAAGGGAGGUGGAGCAAGAAAAUGUAACUGGUCUUCCAUGUUUUGGUGAAAUCCUUGCUGCAUUUAAAUAUUAUCUGUCUCCCAGACUUUGACACUUGUGUUUUUUAUGGAGGGUUUACACCAGUUUUACUGUAUCAUGCAUGAUGAAAGAAUAAAUCUGACAUGCCUUGUAAACAAGAGAAGGAAAUUGUUUCAUAAUCAAAAUCUAGAAAAAUAUGACUUACUGUAAGUAAUUUUAAAAUAAAAUAACAUGAAGUGGCAAUUAAUGUGAACUUGCAUAUUAGAAAUACUGGGAUGUAAUGACCUUUGUAGAAACAAAUGUUGAACUUCCAUGUUUGUUGAAAAGCAAUGCAAAUAAAAUGCAAACUCUUGAAAUACCAUAACCUGAGCCAUUUCAUUAAUUGUUAAGACAUCUUAUGUAUAGACAUGCUAAUAAAUGUGCAUAAGGAACAUACUCUCCUUUUUCUGUAUUAUUUGUAUUGCAGGGAAGUACUUGUUCUAAAUGAUAAACCUUCAUAGCUGCUUUGUAUUUUGUCUUAAACUUCAGUCAUAUAUGAAAUAAACUGACAAAUUCUUAA